UGCCGUUUUUGCACAUGCGUGUUGUGUGAAAGGUGAAAGGGCAGAAGUGUUGGACUCUGACGAAUCCAUCGCUUGUUCACCGGCUCAUUCGGUCUUUACAACGCAGAAAAAUGGCCAUAAAGAACAGUGGUGAAGUUGUGAAGCGAUCCGGCGUGAUUUUGAAUAAUGCCGCCCAGGAUGAAGUGGCGCUUCUGGGCACCACGGCUGACAGCGAGGCUGCUAAAGGGAAAACAUCAUCGGAGGGAGGAUCAGCCCGGAUGUCUAUCUUUAUUCUUCUUUCUACCUUCUUCUCGGCUGCUUUUAUUAUGUACCUAGUAUACAGGAAUUUCCCAGAGCUUGAUGAAGAGGAGCAAAAGACCAUUGUAAUUCCUAAAGACAUGGAUGAUGCCAAGGCAUUGGGAAAGGUUCUUUCCAAAUACAAGGACACCUACUAUGUACAAGUAUUAGUAGCGUACUUUACCACAUAUAUUUUUUUACAGACUUUUGCCAUACCAGGUUCCAUAUUCCUUAGCAUCCUCUCAGGGUUCCUGUACCCAUUCCCUUUAGCCCUGUUCCUCGUCUGUCUGUGUUCUGGGCUUGGAGCUUCUUUCUGCUACAUGCUUUCAUAUUUAGUUGGACGACCGGUUGUUCAUAAAUACUUGACAGACAGGGCAACAAAAUGGUCACAACAGGUUGACAAGCACAGGGAGCAUCUUAUAAAUUAUAUAAUUUUCUUGAGAAUAACACCUUUCCUGCCGAACUGGUUCAUUAACAUUACCAGCCCUGUAAUAAACGUACCUCUGGGUGUCUUUUUCAUUGGCACGUUUUUAGGUGUAGCACCUCCAUCGUUUGUGGCUAUUAAAGCUGGCACAACCCUUUACCAACUUACCACGGCAGGAGAGGCUGUUUCCUGGAAUUCUGUCUUCGUUCUCAUGAUUUUGGCAAUAGUCUCCCUCCUUCCAGUGUUUUUUCAGAAAAAACUGAAGCAAAAGUUCUCAUAACCAGAGCACAAUCUUACAACUUGUCUCAAAAUUUGCCUUUGUUACCUUCAGUUACAUGGGGCGUAGUGAAUGUCCACUAAGUGGGAUUGUAGUAAAGGUUAUAUUUCAGAGAUAAAUUACUUUUAAUUUUUUUCUAAUUAAUGUGCUCACUUCAAAAAUGUGAUUUACAUCUUUUCUUUGGUCAUAAAAUUGUUAGCUUCCCUUUUCAUUCCCAUUGUCUAGUUCAUGUACUGGAUGUUGAUUCAAAAGAAUGUAAAUGCCUUGUCUGAUUUUCUAUUUAUUCUUCACAAUGGAAUUUGUUGCAGAAUGUAAUGAACUGGACUGAGCACACAAUGGAAUUAUAGCAAGCUAUUCCCAAUUCCAGAUAUAUUUUCAGUUCACUUCCACGGCCUUUCAUGUUUUAAAUACAAACAAUGUGCUGUGGUUGCAUGUAAUAGAAGCACUUGUGCAAAGUGAUUCAGAUUUUAAAAUUUACUAUCUACAAUGUUAUGCCUGUAACAGUAUUAAGAACAUUAACACUGCAAUAAACACACAGAUUCUUAGCA